AUGGUGACGGACCAGGAUAUAGCGAAAGGAGUAGAGACGGUGCUGCGGCAAUCAGACCCAAGCGCCGUUACUUCAUUAAACGGUGUCGUACAGCAACUUGAAGCUAAAUUAGGGUUAGAUUUAUCACACAAAGCAGCUUUUAUUCGUGACCAAAUUAACCUCCUCCUCCGCUCCCACCCUAUGACCACCACAGCCACCACCACUACCGCUCCCGCCGCCGUAACCACCACAGCGCAUCCACCACUGCAACAACUGCAACCACCACCACCGCAACAGCAAGCUUUCCAAUUCCAACAAGGGCAAACUCUUAAUUUACCCCCAAAAGACCAUUUUACCCUCCAGUUUCAACAACAACAAUAUCACCCUUCUCAUUUUGCUCUUCACCCUCACCAACACCACCAGCAUCAUCCUCAACAACACCAACAGCACCAGGUUUUUCCACAGGACCUUAACUUUAGGCAGCCGCAAGCUGUGGUGGCUCCCCCAGCGCCGCCACCUCAGCUGCAAGUUCAGCAGCAGCAACAUAGGCAGACACAGCAUGUGCAAAAUGUUGGGGUUAUUCCUCAUGAAGUGGCGAAAGAAAGCACAACUCCAGUUGGAUCUAAAAGAAGAGGUGGACCUGGUGGGUUAAACAAAGUUUGCGGUGUUUCACCUGAACUUCAGGCUAUUGUUGGUGAGCCAGCCUUGCCAAGGACUGAGAUUGUGAAGCAAUUGUGGCAAUACAUAAGGAAAAACAACCUCCAGGAUCCGAGUAACAAGAGGAAGAUAAUUUGUGACGAUGCUCUACGUGUGGUUUUUGAGACAGACUGCACUGAUAUGUUCAAGAUGAAUAAGCUGCUAGCUAAACAUAUCAUCCCACUUCAACCAUCAAAGGAAUCUGGUCAAGCUAAGCGAGUGAAGGUGGAUGUUGAGACCCCAACUGAAAAUACUGAACCUGCUGCAUCUCUUGUGGUAAUAUCUGAAGGACUUGCUGAGUUUUUGGGGACUACUGAGAGAGAAAUGACCCAAACAGAAGCAUCCAAACGUGUUUGGGAGUACAUAAAGCUAAAACAGUUGGAGGAUCCGUUAAAUUCAAUGGUGAUACAAUGUGAUACAAAGCUUCGCGAUCUUCUUCGAUGUGAAAGCAUAUCUGCUGUGGGGGUAGAAGAGGUGUUAGCACGACAUCAUUUAUUCAAACGGUCAUGA